AACCAAGAAGAAGAAGAAGAAGAAGAAGAAGAAGAACUAUAAUGGCGGCGUCCUAUAUCUUGUAGUGAAGUCACGUUUUCUCCUUCCAGAAGAGUUUUUUAGUCUUGAACGUGAGCGUUACCCCUCAGGCAGGCUGAACUCGGAUAAUAAUGCCUCGUUACGAGCUGGCUCUGGUGCUGAAGGCCAUGCAGAGGCCGGAGACCGCGGCUGUGCUCAGGCGCACGGUGGAGACCUUGAUGGAGCGCGGCGCCGUGGUCAGAAAUCUGGAGAACCUCGGCGAGAGAAGGCUGCCGUACAAGAUCAGCAAACACAACCAGCGGCACACACACGGAGCCUACUUCCUCAUCGACUUUCACUCCGCACCGUCCAUUCUGACUGCUUUACUCAAUCACCUGGAGAGAGAUGUGGACGUAGUGCGGCAGACUGUGUUAAAGAAAGACACAGAGCCUCCUAAAGCCCCGUGCUGUGGUUCCUCACCUGCUCAGACAAACAAGAUGACUUCUGCAUAAACGUCUAUAAGGAAGAAGAUACACUGCUGGGUUUUGCUGAAUUUCAACUACAUUCAUGUGAAAGUUUAUAAUGAGAAAGGAAUAAAUAAAAAAAAAAAAAAAAGUUAAUCUUUUUAAAAUAUGUUUGUGUUUGUUAAUUCAUGUCUAAUAAGUCAACACUUUUAAACCCAUUACAGCACAAUGUGUGCAUGCCCCUGACAAAGGAAGAGAAUAUUCUACAACAUAAAAUGUAAAUCAUUAAAGGAAUAAAACAAAAGCCUUUAGGCCCAAAUAUAUAUGCAGUUAUUUAACUAUACUUGAAUUGUAAUAUAUACUCGACUAGGAUUGAAUGUUUACUUUCACAGUAAUGCCAUCAACUGUAAUCACAGCUGUGAUUAAAUCAUAUGUGUGUGUUAGAACAGAUAACUCUUUAAUGUGUUCAAAUGAAAGUGUUUGGCAAGAGUUAAGUGUUAGGAUUCUUUUAAAUGCUGAAAGUGAAUCUUUUCAAGGAAAGUAAAAGCCUUGUUCUCUA